AUGACGGCACACCCCGAACGCUUCGGCCGCACCAACAGCAGGGAGGGCGGCCUUACUCUGCCACCAUCUUCUUCAUCUUCAUCCACUUCAUCUGCGCAAGCACCACCGGUGGCGUCAUCAACGCAGACGGCGUCAGCAGCCGAGCUCGCGCGCUUGCAGCGCCCGCGGCGCAAGCGGAGCCUCAGCGCAACGUCGAUGCCGCGCGGAGGCGGACGCGGCAGCGGCGGAUCGGCGGCGUCUUCGUUCUCGCGUCUGUUCGAGAACCUGGCGGGCUCGGGCAGCGGGCGACCGCGGACCGGCAGCGGCAACGAGCCGCGCUCGGCCUCGUCGGCGGCUGGUCCGCCACCGAUCGUCAGCAGUGCCCUGGUCAAGCUGCAAAAGGCGUAUCUGGAGAAAUACACGAAACUGUUGUGUCUUGAGAUCGGAGAGGAGUUGCGAGGCGUGGAAGAAAAGCUCACGAAGUGGUCCAAGGCAAGGCUGGAGAAGGAGGGUCAGACCAUCUUCAAUCUCUGCGCCCGUCCGGUGGGCCAUCUCUUCCGCGAGGAGAUCCUCCAGUUCGCACCCGCCGGAUCCGAUUUUAUGCCCUACCACCGCUUCGCGCACGGUGACAUGGUACUCAUGACGCGGACGGAUCCGCUGAGCGAGAAGCCGAUGGAGGGCGUGGUGCUGGACAAGAGCAAGUCGCGGCUGCAGGUGGUCGUCAAGGACUACCCGCCCAACGUGUCUGAAGGCACCUGGCGCCUGGACAAGGGCGCCAACAGGGUGUCGCACGACCGCAUGAUUGACGCGCUGAACAAGUUCACCAGCAAUCGCAAUAUUGAACUGCCCGAUACCGUGAAACCCAUCCCCGGCGGCACAGUGCUGCGGGACCUGAUUGUGGGAAACGUCAAGGACCCCAAGGCGUGGGCUGCCCAGCCUCCGCCCAAGGAAUUGGCGGAUCGGUACGCGCGCAAGAAUUUUCCCAAGAAUUUUGAUGCCUGGAAGCUCAACGAGAGCCAGCGGAAGGUGAUCACCACCAUCCUCACUCGCAAGCUCACCCUCGUCCAAGGCCCUCCCGGCACCGGCAAAACGACGCUGGCUAUUCACUUGAUGAAGCUGCUCGUCCACCUGUGCCGCGGACAUGCGCCCAUUCUGUGUACGGCCGACACCAACGUCGCUGUUGACAACCUGCUCGAGGGCCUGGCCGACUCGGGCGUGCGCGCGGUGCGCGUGGGUCGGCCGGUCAAGAUCCGGGAGGAACUGCGCGACCUGUCGCUCGAGGCUCUCAUGCAAGAGCACGCCGCCAACAACAAGCUCGACGCCCUGCGCCAGGAGCUCGCCGGUCUGUCCCACGGCAAGACCCCCGAGGAACGGGCGGCGGCAAAGCGUGAGGGUGUGACGCUGCACCAGAACAUCCGGCGACUCGAAGACUAUAUUCACAACGACGUGCUCGGCAAGGCCGAUGUGAUCUGUGCCACGUGCAUCGGGGCUGGUCACGACCUACUCGCUUCACGUGCCUUCCCUAUCGUCAUUCUUGAUGAAUCGACGCAAGCCACCGAACCGGCCUCGCUGUGUGCGCUGGUGCACAACUCGCAGCACGUCGUACUUUUGGGCGACCACUACCAGCUCCCGCCCACAGUCACUUCGCCCGAAGCGCAGCAGGGCGGUCUGUCGGAGAGCUUGUUUGCGCGUAUGAUCGCGAUGGGUAUCGAGCCAUACAUGCUGGAGAUCCAAUACCGGAUGCACCCCAUCAUCUCCGAGUUCCCAAGCGUCCACUUCUACGGCGGCAAGAUCAAGGACGGCAUCGUGGCCGCCCAGCGCCCGUCGCCCACCGGCAUCGCGUGGCCCAGCGAAGGCAACCCCAUCGCCUUCGUCAAUGUCGACGGCUAUGAGAAACAAAGUACGGACGGCUAUUCGUGGUUCAACUCGGCUGAGGGCGAGGCCGUGUUCCAGCUGGUGUCGGCGUUCGACCAGCGGUCGGACGUCGGCGACGUGAAGGACAUCGGAGUCAUCACGCCCUACAACGGCCAAGUCAAGCACCUCGCCGACCUCUUCUCCAGGCGCGGUGGGAUGAACAAAAAUGAAAAGUGGCACAAGCUCAACAUCAACUCGGUGGACGGCUACCAGGGCCGUGAGAAGGAGGUCAUCAUCUUCACCGCCGUGCGCAGCAACUCCCGCGGCGACGUCGGCUUCCUGCGCGACUGGCGCCGGCUUAAUGUGGCGCUGACGCGGGCCAGGCGCGGGCUGCUCGUCGUGGGCAACCGACGUACGCUGCAGUCCGACGAGCACUGGGGCAAGUGGCUCAGAUGGAUCGACACCCACCGGCUCGGCACCAACCUGCAGGCCAUCCUGGGCCGCGGCCACCACCCGCCCGCCCCGGCCGGCGGCCGCUCCGGCUCUGACGAUGCCACGUCAUCACAUGUCAGCACCGAGGCUGAGGCCGAGGCCGGUGGUGAUGGUGACGAUGGCGGCGCCGGUGCUGAUGACGAUGCUGAGAGACAGGCGAGGCGGGAGGCCAAGCGGCUGGAGGAGGAGAAGAGCGAGCGCGAGCGGAUCGAACGGCGGAAGCGCGAGCGCAAGGCCGAGCGGGCGGCCGCGGCGGCGGAGGAGCGGCGCGAGAGGGAGCGAUCGGAGCGCGAGCGCGAGGAGGAGCGAUACCAACAGGAGGAGAAAGAGCGAAAGCGAGAGAAGAAAAGAGAGAAGAAGGAGAAGCAAGAGAAGAAAGAGCGAAAGCGACGUGAGAAGGCCGAGGCCAAGGCUCGGGAGAAGGCGCGGAUCGAAGCCGAGGCGGCCGCGAAAGCGAAGGCGGAAAAAGAAGAAAGAAGUGAAGAGAAAGAGGAGGAAGAACACGAAGCCGAACCGGUGGUGAUCCACAUUGACGACCACGACGAAUCGGUGGAUGGGUCGAUGUCGAUCGACCGGGCCGACGAAGAGGUGUCGAGAUCCGAACUCGAGGUGCCGCACGUGGCAAAGAGCGAAGAGGAAGAAGAAGAGAAGGAGGAGGAAGAAGAAAUGAAGGAGAACGAAGACGAGGAAAAGAGAGAAGAAGAAGAGAACGAAGAAGAGAAGGAGGCGGAGACGUCGGUGAGUAUGGACGUCGAAGAGCCACCAGAAGAGAAGAAGAAGUCAGAAGCGGAGGAAGAAGAAGUGGAAAUUAGGGAGAGGGCGAGGGCGUGGGAGGCGGUGGAGUCGAGCGUGGCAGAGGAGCGCACGCCGGCGGCGGCCACCAGAAAGCGGAAGCGCGGGUGGCGAAGCGAAGGAGAGAGCGAAAACGAAAGUAAGAGCGAAAGCGAAAACGAAGCGAGGAGGGAGGGGGCGGAGGAGGAGGGCGAGGCGGUGGUGGACCGCGACUUCGAGGAGGACCGGGACGCGCGGCUGCUGCGGCUCAAGCGCGCCCGGUGGCAGCAACAGCAGGCCGAGAAGCGCGAGCGACAGCGGGCCAUGGAGCUCGCGAAGCAGCGAGAAGAGGAAGAAGCGGAGGCGGAAAAGAUGAAAAAGAGCGAAGGCGAAGAGCGAAAGCGACAAGUGGUCGCCGUCGUGGUGCUGUCCGACAGCGAAGGCGAAAGAGAAAAAGACGAAGAAGAAGAAGAAGAAGAAGAAGAGAACGAAGAGAAGGGGAGAGAAGAAGUGGAAGAAAAGAAUGAAGAAGAGGAAGAAGUGGAAAAGAAUGAAGAAGAAGAAGCGAAGGAGGAAGAAGAAAUGAAGGCGUCGACGGAAGACAGCCUAAAGGCAGAGGAGAAAGAAGGCGAAGAAGAAGGCGAAGGCGAUGAGUGGCGCGUGGUGAGGCGAGGAGGCGACGACUCGUUCCUUCUCGACAACGACGAUGGCGACGAGAGCCGACAAGGGGGCGACCGCGAAGAGGAACAACGCGACGACGCAACGGAGGUGCCGCAGGCAGCCGAAGAGCCAGAAGAGGAGGAUGUGAGCAUCGCCGACAUCAAGCGGGACGAAGGCGAAGAGGAAAAGGAAGCGAACGAAGAAGAGGAGAAGGAAGAGGAAGAGAAGGAAGAGGAGGAGAAGGAAGAGGAGCCCACGAAGAAGCGUCCGCUGUUGGACGUCUCGCUGGACAUCACCCAACACGAGCCACACGACGGCGACGACGAUGACAGUAUGGAGGAGGAAGAGGAGGCGGAGGCGGUAGACGAAGGGCGGCGGAGACCAGAGCGGAAGGUGCGAAGGAUCAUGGCGAGCGACGAUGGUGAAGAAGAGGAUGGCGAAGGCGAAGGCGACGGCGAAGGCGAAGGCGAAGGCGAGAAUAAGGACGAAGUGGGCCGCAUCGAGGUGGAGAACAAGCUCGACGAUGAAGGAGACGAAGACAAAGAGGAGGAGGAGGAGGCAGGCGACGGUGAAGCGGUUCCUGUCAAGGAAGAACGCAACAGCAGUGACGACGACGAGCAAGGCGGCGACGAUGCGGGCGAGCAGGCGCCCAUCGAGCAAGAGGAAGACCAGGACGACGAAGCGAAGGAGGAGAUGGAGCAGGAGCCGGAGGUGAAGGCGGAGGAGGAGGAGGAGGGCAACGGGGAGACGGGACCGCUGGUGCUGUUGAGCGUCGUAGACGGCCUACCGCUCCCGGCCCGGGUCUCGAACCCGUCGUCGCCGCGCCCGCCCGCGACCGCCGAACCACUCCACGACGAAAACGAAGACGACGGAGAAAGCGAACACGAAGCAAAGAACGAAGAAAAAGAGAGAAGCGAUGAAGGAGAAGAAGGAGAAGAAGGCGAGCAGGUGGAGGAAGAGGCGAAGAAGGGCGACGCAAUGGAGGUGGAAGAGGAGGUGUCGAUGGCCGACGACCGGGCUACGGACCUCACGAACCGAGAGGCGGAAGACGAGGGCGAAGAGCGAUCGUCGCCGGUGUUGGAAGGCGACGGCGAGGCCUUGAGCCACGGCGGGCUCGUGCGGCACCGGGUGUCAGGUGCGACGGAAACGGAGGAUUCGGUGUUUGACGCCGAAGUGGACGAGAUCAGCGGCGGCCAGAAGCGGUUCAUCUUCUGA